AAAAUUGGCCACCCCGGAAAAGUGGUCCUAAAAUCGCGGAAAAAUCGUUUUUGGGGCUUUUGAGCCCUUCUGAGUUCAUUUCUGAGCUCAGAUUCCCGUCGGAUAAAUUAUUUUAUGCUCCGACACGAAUUGUCGACUUUGGCUGUCCCCAACUGUAGCGCGAAACUGCAUCUCUUCCUCAACCACCAUCUCCCCUUACGAACACCUCAGGAAGGUGGGCUAGCCGACGUUCAACAUGUUGACAAGGCAGCUUGCAAAGCGCUCCCCCGCUGCUCUCAGCGCUGGCGCCCCGCGGACGCGUUUCCCGACCAGCGCGAUCCGCCGGGAGCUCGCCACGCCCGCCGCGCAACCGCCGUCCCCGAACGACCCAUUCGCGAAUGGCACGAACGCGUACUACGCCGACGAGAUGUACCGCCUGUGGAAGCAGGACCCGAAUUCGGUCCACGCCUCCUGGAACGUCUACUUCUCCGGCCUCGCCAAGGGCCUGCCGAGCAGCCAGGCUUUUACGCCUCCCCCGCGCUUGCUGCCUACCGACGGCGUGACGCCAGCUCUUCAUGCUGGUCAGGGCGAGCUUGAUGACCAUUUGAAGGUUCAACUCCUCGUCCGCGCAUACCAAGUCCGCGGCCACCAUGUCGCCGACUUGGAUCCCCUUGGAAUCCUUGACGCUGACCUCGCCGAUGUCCGCCCUCCUGAGCUCGAGCUUCACCGAUAUGGCUUCACGGAGCGCGAUCUCGACAAGGAAAUUACCCUUGGUCCGGGCAUCCUUCCCCACUUCGCUACGGAGGACAGGAAAACGAUGAAGCUUGGCGAGAUCAUCAAACUGUGCAAACGGAUAUAUUGCGGUCACGUCGGCAUCCAAUACGUGCACAUCCCUGAUCGCGAGCAGUGCGACUGGAUCCGUGAGCGCGUCGAGAUCCCGAAGCCGUGGAAUUACAGCGUCGAUGAGAAGCGCAUGAUCCUCGACCGUCUCAUCUGGUCCGAGUCGUUCGAGAAGUUCAUCGCCAGCAAGUACCCGAACGAGAAGCGCUUCGGUCUCGAGGGAUGCGAGUCCCUCAUUCCGGGUAUGAAGGCCCUCAUCGACCGCUCUGUCGACCACGGCGUGAAGCACGUCAACAUUGGCAUGCCCCAUCGUGGCCGUCUCAACGUUCUUGCCAACGUCAUCCGGAAGCCCAUCGAGGCUAUUCUCAACGAGUUCUCCGGAGCGGAAGGCGAUGAGCCCGCCGGUGAUGUCAAGUACCAUCUUGGUGCUAACUACGUCCGGCCGACCCCCUCCGGUAAGAAGGUUGCCCUGUCGCUCGUGGCGAACCCGUCCCAUCUUGAGGCGGAGGACCCUCUCGUCAUCGGGAAGACUCGUGCCAUCCAGCACUUCGAGAAGGACGAUCAGAACCACAACACUGCGAUGUCCGUUCUGCUGCACGGUGACGCUGCUUUCGCUGGUCAGGGUGUCGUCUACGAAACCAUGGGCAUGCAUGAUCUCCCCAACUAUGGCGUUGGCGGUACCAUCCAUCUCAUCGUGAACAACCAGAUUGGCUUCACCACCGACCCCCGCUUUGCCCGCUCCACCCCCUACCCCUCCGAUAUCGCCAAGUCCAUCGACGCGCCUAUCUUCCACGUCAACGGCGACAAUGUCGAGGCUGUUAACUUUGUUUGUCAGCUCGCCGCCGACUACCGUGCGAAGUACAAGCGCGACGUCGUUGUCGACAUCGUUUGCUACCGUCGACACGGUCACAACGAAACCGAUCAACCGGCGUUCACCCAGCCGCGGAUGUAUAAGGCUAUCGCGAAGCAGCCGACGACCUUGACGAAGUACUCCAAGUUCCUCGUCGAGCGCGGUACCUUCACGGAGAAGGACAUUGAGGAGCACAAGAAGUGGGUUUGGGGCAUGCUUGAGAAGGCUGCCGCUGGCGCCAAGGACUAUGUCCCGACGAGCAAGGAGUGGCUUUCUUCUGCGUGGCAGGGCUUCCCCUCGCCCAAGCAGCUCGCGGAGGAGACGCUCCCUACGCGCGUCACCGGGUCAGAAGAGGAGACCUUGAAGCGCAUUGGCAAGGCCAUCUCGACCUUCCCCCACGGCUUCCACCCGCACAAGAACCUCACCCGUAUCCUCACUAACCGUGGCAAGACGGUCGAGGAGGGUAACAACAUCGACUGGUCCACCGCUGAGGCGCUCGCGCUCGGCUCCCUUGCCCUCGAGGGUGUGCACGUCCGCGUGUCUGGCCAGGAUGUCGAGCGUGGUACGUUCUCGCAGCGCCACGCUGUCGUCCACGACCAGGAGACCGAGUCGAAGUACGUCCCCCUCAACGACCUCGGCGGCAACCAGGCCUCGGUCACCGUCUGCAACUCGUCGCUAUCUGAGUUUGGCUGCCUUGGUUUCGAGCUCGGCUACUCGCUCGUGUCGCCGGAUGCGCUUACGAUCUGGGAGGCGCAGUUCGGUGACUUCGCGAACAACGCGCAGUGCAUCAUCGACCAGUUCAUCGCUGCUGGCGAGCGCAAGUGGCUUCAGCGCACUGGGCUCGUCAUGAGCUUGCCGCAUGGGUACGAUGGACAGGGCCCAGAGCACUCGAGCGCGCGCAUCGAGCGGUUCUUGCAGCUGUGCGACGAUCACCCGAACGUGUUCCCCACGCCGGACAAGAUUGAGCGUCAGCACCAGGACUGCAACAUGCAGGUCGUCUACCCCACGACGCCGGCCAACUACUUCCACGUCCUUCGCCGCCAGAUCCACCGCGACUUCAGGAAACCGCUCAUCCUGUUCUUCUCUAAGCAGCUUCUGCGUCACCCGCGUGCGCGCUCGGAGUUGUCUGAGAUGGUUGGCGAGACCAACUUCCAGCGCUACAUCCCCGAGGCGCACACCGAUGAGCUUGUUGCGCCUGAGGACAUCAGGAAACACAUCCUAUGCACGGGUCAGGUGUACCACACGCUCAUCGCUGAGCGUGAGGCGAAGGGCAUCAAGGACGUCGCGAUCAGCCGCGUUGAGCAGAUCUCGCCGUUCCCCUAUGACCUGAUCACGCCCCACCUCGACAAGUACCCGAACGCUGAGCUCAUGUGGUGCCAGGAGGAGCCGCUGAAUAACGGCGCGUGGAGCUACGUCGGGCCCCGCAUCUACACGGCGGGUGGCCAGACGCAGCACCACAAGGGUAAGUACCCCAAGUACGCCGGCCGCGAGCCGACGAGCUCGGUCGCUACUGGUUCCAAGGUCCAGCACAAGAAGGAGAUCGAGGCGUUCCUUGCGGAUGCGUUCGCAUAAUUUACGCGGCUGCGAAAGUGCUCGCGCAAUCAUCUGGUCGACGGAGUCUUGCACCUAUUACUGUACAUGCACCUACCCUAAGUAUUUUGUUCCUUGUUGUUUACGAAUUGACGACUUCGUCUACCUCGCAUAUGGGCGUGUUAGCGUUGAAUGGAAGAUGCAGAGAGCUUGACCC